AUGGAGAAGUACAGGAAGUUUGGUGAUGCCGCCACCGGCAUCAAUCCUUUCAUCUCCAUGAAAACUCCAACAGCAUUUUCCACCCUGUUUGCCGCAGUUCUAUUUCCCGUACGCUGCGUCAUUGCGGUUGUCAUAAUGUCGCUAUUGUUUUUGGUGGAUACAUUCAAUUACUUGUUUUACCUUUUGCCGGGCCUUUCGUCUCUGUCGCAUUUGUUGUUCGGAGGGCUGCAGCGUGGGCUGCUGCGUGGCCUCCUAUUCUCCCUCGGUAACGUUUCCAUUGCGCGCGUGCCAACCAGCGGCUCUUUGUCACCUUCCGCUGGGGAUGUGGUGGUCGCUAAUCUUCAGUCUGUUUGGGACAUGUGUGUUAUUGAAGUGGCGGAGCAGAUUCCACUCUUCGUCGCAGCCUUCUACGGUGGCAAAGCCGGAUCUUCCCCGGAAAAGAGCAAAAAAGAUGAAGAUGGUACCCUCUUUGUGAUGAAACCGUCGCCUCUGCAGCGGUGGCGGGUGUGGUGGCACAUUUACAAUACCGGAACCUCUACCUUUCUUUCUACAGUGGCAGACGAUAGCAGUAAUGCCCACAGUGGUGAGGCGCUGCCGAUCGACAUUACUUUGCUUCAACGUCGCUGUCACCGCCUUGGCGUACCACUGGUGCUCUUCGCAGAGGGAAGCUGUACCAAUGGGAAAGGUAUGCUAAAUAUUUCCCCAAUUCGAGUGGGCGUUACACCCGCGCGCUUGCUAGUAAGUGCUCUGAGUUAUGACACAGCGGCCCUCCAUACUGUCGUGCGACCCCAUAGCGUUCUCUCGUAUCUCUUCUCUAUGAGCGCUUCACUUUAUGGGAGCCGCGACCCCGCGUGGUACAGUCCGCAGUUUCCUACGGCCACCGCACGCCUGGCAUCCGUGGGAACCGACCCCCCGGCGGAAGCAGUGGAGGGAGUUGUGGUGGUUGAAGGCACAAAAGUGCGUCAAGUGCUUUGUGGGAUCUCUCGCCCACGAUGUGCGUUGAACGUUGGACUUCGUGAGAAACGUCGUUUCGUUGAGGUUUUCAUGGCUCAGUAA